AUGGCCCAUUACAAAGCCUCUGACUUGAAGCGCGAGCAGUUCUGGAUGUACUUGGAGAAGUUGGGGGUGCUGGACACGUUGACCAAGGUGUCGAUAACCUCAUAUGAAGAACCAGAGAAACCUCCUAGUGUCUUGGAUUUUUUAAAGCAUCACUUAGGAGCUGUUACCCCAGAAAAUGCAGAGAUUGAGCUGCUUUGUCUACAAUUGGCAGAAAUGAAAGAGAAAUAUGAAGCUACCAUAGAAGAAAAUUUAAAAAAACCUGAAAGUAAAGCUUACUCAGUAUGA